UGAGCGCCAGCGCCAGAGAGAAAGAGAGAGGCAGAGAGAGAGAAAGACAGACGGAGAGACAGAGAGAGACAGAGACAGACCGGGCUGGUGUUGCAUUACUAAAGCCUGUUGGAUAUUUUCAUCAGAUUUCAUCAGCUCUUGCCGGAUUUUGGAAUAAUGAUGCAGAUUUCAGAUGAGAUACACGAUGGAAUAGAGUUCUUCGACCUCCUGGUUAACAGCACAAAUGAAGCCGCGGACAGCCACGGUGACCAGCCCUGGACCAUCACGAUAUACGACAGCCUAAAUCCAGAGGGAGGUGGUGCUGAUGAUUUUCUGGACAACCUGUUGGGGGGGAGCGACUCAUCAUCCGUCCCAGCGUCCCCACUUUGGUCUCCUUCUGCCAGUGACAGCGGCUUGAGCGAGGAUCCCCUGUCGGAUCAUCCAGUAAGCCCUCAUCCGCCUCCCAGUUCACCUUUCCCAGCCUUCCACUGCCGGUCUCACCCCCAGACCUAUCCAACGGCCGGCCAUGCUGCUGGAGAGCCUGCACUAAGUGACAUGGCGCCUGACAUCUCCAUUGAUUUAGGUUGGGACUCUAACGACCACCAAGAGAAACUUGGGAUAGCCUACUACCUCUCCACCAACCCCACCUCUCCGCUGUCAUCCUGUCACGCGCUCACAAUCAAGGAUCUUUUGUUAUGCAAUCUUGGGAAAAAGGCACAGCGGAACUCCCAGCAUUCCCUGCAGGAGCUCGUACUUAAUGAGGAUGAGAAGAAGCUGCUAGCUAAGGAAGGGGUCAACCUGCCAACCAAACUGCCCCUGUCCAAGUCUGAGGAGAGAGUUCUGAAGAAGAUCCGCCGAAAGAUCCGCAACAAGCACUCGGCUCAGGAAAGUCGCAAGAAGAAACGGGAAUACGUUGACAGCCUCGAGGGACGGAUGGCUGCCUGUAGUGCACACAAUCUGGAGUUGCAGAGGAAGGUCCACCAGUUGGAACAAACCAACAAUUCGCUGUUGGAGCAGCUGAGCAGGCUUCAGGCUCGCCUUCCUCACAGCUCCAGCAAAACGACACAGAAGGGGACCUGCAUCCUGGUGCUGCUGCUUUCCUUCUCUCUCAUCCUUUCUCCCACCCUUCAACCGCACCCCAACAGUCUCCUCAGUCAAGAAGAAUAUGCCGAAGCCAAAGUGCCGUCCCGUCUCAUGCAUUCGGUGGUGGAACCGGAGGAGGUCACCCCAUCAGUCCUCUCAGUCUACAGGGGAAUGGAUGUCCUGUCUUGCCUAAUAGAGAAGCUCUGGUCUGGGACAAAACUCGCUGACACAGACUUCCAGACCAUCCACUAUGAAGAUCACAGCCGCUGAAAGAGUCACCGACCUUUUUGAGUUCCACUGGAUGGAGAACGGAAGAAGACGGCUUUAAAGACUAGAGCACUUCCACAAGCAUCAGCAACUAAGAGAAAUAUGGUUAUAGUCAUUACAUUCAGCUGAGAUGUCUGAUCUCUUGUCAGCAUCCGCUUUUUAUGCUGUGUCUGGGCACAAAAAAGACUGAGAUCUUUGGCACUGUUUCUCACUCCAUCCAUCUCCAAAAGUGCACUAGUUUGAAAACGGUACGAAGCCUUAACAAGGUUCAGGAGAUUUGCAAAGCACUGAUUGUUCAGAUGCUGAUUCUCUGGAAUUAAACCAUGAACAAUGUUUAGCUGUCCAAAUGGGAUGGAGCUAAUUCACAUCAAUUUGAUUCUCCAUAUUACUGUUGAACAGUUGACCCGCUGGCUCCUAGUAUAGGGUCACGUAUCAUAUACAGAUGUUGUGUUUUACUGACUCACUGUAUGGUAUAGGCCUAUCUGUGGCUGCUGAAAAUAAAGAUACCUAUCCAUUGCUCUAUUUUCUUAUUCAAUUUCCAUAUGCUGUCUGAAAACCUAAUAAAGUAUAAG